UUGUAUGACAUGUGAAAUAUCUGAUUCAAGCUUAUGAGUGGAAUAAGUGUCUGGACACACUCCCACAACAAAUAAGAAGGCAUGAAACAUCAACCCAUCAAACUCGACCACAUCGGGAGAAAUUAAUUCUGAUACAGACAAAAGAAUUAUUCAGGCUCUUGUUUCAAUAGAUAUAGUAAUGUCUGUGGUUUCUUCAAUUAUUUCAAUGUCACCCCUAAAUGGAUUUUUCAAUAUGAUUAUUACCUUACAGCUUCUAUUGUUACUUCCUCUUAUCCCAGAGUAUUUUCCGAAGAACAUUAUGAAUCUACUCACUGGAGUAAGUUUUUCUAUGUUUACUUUUGAUUUCAUAAAGUUCAAAGAUAUUCCAUUCAUUGUUGGUCUUACUAAAUGGGUAUCAUACCCCCAGUCUGAUGAAUAUCUAAAUGAUAUUGGGCUUAAUUCAGACUCCUCAGUGAUAAACUAUCUUUCUAUUAUGGCUACUGUUGUGCUUAUUUGAUUGGUUCAUAUUCUCAUUGUUAUCUGAUAUAAAUGCUCUCAAGAGAAGUUACUCAGAACUUGGACACAGAAAUUAAUUAUAAAGCUUUUUGUAUACUUCACGUUCAAUGUUUAUAUAAGAAUCUUCAUGCAUUGGAUUCUUGUUUGUUUUGAUCUCAAUAUUUUCUGAAUUUUACACUCUGAAUCUAUCGACCGUGGUCACUAAGAUAUCGUUUGGGUAUUGUGGGAUAUUCACAUUAUACUCCUCUGUGUUAUAUUUACUAUCAAUCUACAUAUAUGCAUCCUCUUUUCCUACAAUUAAUUAUCAAGAGUGCUGGAGCUGUACAGAGUAUUUUGAAGGGAUAAGAUAAUCUAGAUUCCCGAAGUUAUUCUCUACUUUGUAUUUAUCACUUCUCCUAGUUCUUGUGGCUAUCUUGGUCAAUGCCUGAGAAUUACUCCCGUUUUUCAGGUCAAUUAGCUUUUUGAUCCUAAAUAGUGCUCUCGCUGCCUAUUUGUGUUGCGUGAGCCCUUUUAAAGAAACCAAAGAUAAUAUCACAGAAGGGCUAAACCAAAUUCUUCUUUUAGUGCUGUCUGUAUCUCUUAUGUGGAUUGAAACCCAAGAUCAUUGGAAUUCAUUCUGUGAACAUUUUUAUACUAAUGCGACUCUGAUGAUUCCUGCUAGUGGAGCCUGUAUCAGCUUUAUAUUUCUACUUAAAAUACUAAUUUGAAAGAUCAUCAAAUGGAAAAGAAGUAAGAAAGCUGAAAUGAUUCCGAUUCUAACUAUUCUUCCUAAAAGUCAGAUUGCAUGUAAAAUAGAGCAGAAAGAUCCUAGCGAUAAUAGACUUUCAAUGGGAAAUUCAACUAUUCAGUUCUAUAACAAGAAAGAAAGUUCUGAUAUGAAGAAGUGUAAAUUACAAUAAAGUUAAUCAAUAAA